GUAUGGGAAGGCAGAAAGGCUUGAGCCCCAUCACAUAACGGGUCGUCGGACUAUAGUAAUUUCAAAAAGCGAUUCAUCUGGUAAUGUUAUUCGCGAAUUGGGAGGACGACCUGUGUCACUUCUUCUUCACAAGAUCUGACUUCUGAGCAUAGCCUCAAAGAAGUGAAUCUACUCACAACCCUUGUUGACCCGGUGAGUGGCGAGCGAGUGUCGCCCUCAUCACUCAUCGAACGGUCGUCAUGCUAGGGCAAUCCGAGAACAAGAUGGUGGAUCCGGCGAACUCCACCCUCGGAAGAAUGUUACUGGACGAGAUCAUGCCGGUGGUUAUGGUUCUCCGUACACCUCUCGUCGAAGAGGCUUGCCAAAAGAACGGUCUCAGUUUAGUCGAAAUGCUCAGCCCUUUCUGUGUCUUCAACAACAUCGACGUACCUGUACGGACAGCAAGUGAUCAACCUUACAGGAUCCAGAAAUUCAAGUUACGGUUAUCUUAUGCUGCUGACAUUCGGCAGCCAGAUAUAGAGGUUGCAAAGGAGCAGUUAAAACAGGUUAUUACUAAUGCAGGGGAAAGAGAUCUUUCCAACUUGUUUUCAGACCCACCUCAAAUUGAAAGCGUGCUUGCCACCUGUCAAGCUAAAAUUCUGCCAUCAUGGUUUGAAUUUUUCAACAAAGAGCUUGCACGCAUGGUCGCUUUUUCAGACCAUGAAGCUUUUGACCAUCCUGUGGCAUGUCUCUUGGUUGUUUCCUCCAAAGAUAAAGAGCCCAUCAACAAAUUUGUUGACCUCUUUAAUACCAACCAGUUACCUUCUCUUCUUAAUGAUGGUGCAAUGGAUCCAAAGAUUCUGAAGCAUUUUUUGUUAGUGCAUGAUAACCAAGAUGGUGCUUCUGAGAACACAACCAAACUUCUAGCAGAAAUGAAGAGUACAUUUGGCUCAAGUGAUUGUCGAUUACUGUGUAUUAACUCGUCUCUGGAUGGGUUAGUCGAACACCAAGAAAAUCCAUGGGCUCCUCAUGAUCCUAAUGCUGCUCCUGCUCAGCAUCAUGGUUGCUUCCUUAACAUCGAUGAUCAGGAUGAGAUGAAAAAUAUCAUGCAUGAUCUGUCAUCUAAAUACAUCAUUCCUCACAUGGAGCAAAAAGUUCGUGGUCUUAAUCAUCAGGUUUCUGCAACAAGGAAAGGUUUUAGAAACCAAAUAAAAAAUUUGUGGUGGAGAAAAGGAAAAGAAGACAUACCAGAUAACCCCAGUGGUCCUAUGUACACUUUUAGCUCCAUUGAAUCUCAAAUUAGAGUUUUGGGUGACUACGCCUUCAUGUUACAAGAUUAUGAACUUGCAUUGUCAAAUUAUCGGCUACUUUCCACUGAUUACAAGCUUGACAAAGCGUGGAAACGCUACGCUGGUGUACAGGAAAUGAUGGGACUGACUUAUUUCAUGAUGGAUCAAUCAAGGAAGGAUGCAGAAUAUUGCAUGGAUAAUGCAUUUAGCACAUAUUCAAAAAUUGGGCCGUCUGGUCAACGCAAUGCUACGCGGUGUGGGCUUUGGUGGGUAGAAAUGUUGAAGACAAGAGAUCUGUAUAAAGAGGCUGCCAGUGUUUACUUCCGCAUCUCUGGUGAGGAACCUCUACAUUCAGCUGUAAUGCUUGAGCAAGCAUCUUCUUGUUACUUAUUUUCCAAACCACCCAUGCUACGCAAGUAUGGUUUUCAUCUUGUUCUUUCUGGCGAUCUGUACAAGAAAUGCGAUCAAAUAAAUCAUGCAAUUCGCACAUAUAGAUGUGCUCUUUCUGUAUUUAAAGGAACUACGUGGAGCCAUAUCAAAGAUCACGUUCAUUUCCAUAUUGGGAAGUGGUAUGCUUUUCUUGGGAUGUUUGAUGUGUCAAUUAAACAUAUGUUGGAGGUCCUUGCCUGUGGUCAUCAAUCCAAGAUGACGCAGGAGUUAUUCCUCAGGGAUUUUCUUCAAAUUGUUCAGAAAACUGGGAAGACAUUUGAGGUAUUGAAGCUUCAGUUGCCUGUCAUCAACAUUUCUUCACUCAAGGUUAUUUUUGAAGAUCAUCGAACUUAUGCAUCACCUGCAGCCGUUAGUGUUAGAGAGAGUUUUUGGCAGUCUUUGGAGGAGGACAUCAUUCCAUCACUAUCUACCAUCAAGACUAACUGGCUAGAAUCACAACCAAAGCUUAUAUCAAAAAAGCAUAAAAGAUCAAAUAUUUGUGUGGCAGGAGAAGUAAUCAAGGUAGAUAUUGGAUUUAAAAAUCCUCUUCAAAUCACUAUUUCCAUCUCGGGUGUUUCCCUGAUAUGUGAGCAUUCUACUUCUGAUGAAAUGGAACCUGAUGCAAGUAGCUCUACUACUAAUGAGGAAAAGAAGAAGUUAACCAUGAGUAGGGAUUGGAGUGCAGACAACUCAUUUACAUUGUCUGAGGUUGACAUUUCACUGGGGGGAGGCGAAACAGUUGUGGCACAACUAAAUGUUACUCCCAGAGUAGAAGGCGUCCUAAAAAUAGUUGGUUUAAGGUGGAAGUUGUCAGGUUCAGUAGUUGGCUUUUAUAACUUCGAGCCUGAAUUAGUAAACAAGAAAGUUGCAAAGGGAAAAAGGAAAGCUAAGCAGCCUGUCAGUGACAACCUGAAGUUUGUUGUGAUUAAGAGUCUACCUAAGCUUGAGGGUUUCAUCCGCCACCUACCGAAAACAGUUUAUGCAGGCGAUUUACGGCGUCUUGCUUUAGAGUUGAGAAAUCCAUCAGAAACUUCUGUGAAGAACAUAAAGUUGAAGAUAAGCCAUCCAAGAUAUUUAAAUAUAGGGAAGAAGGAAGUUAUGAACAUGGAAUUUCCUGCGUGCCUGGAGAAGAGGGCAAAUUCUGCGGAAAGUGAGGCACAGGCCAGCACCUGUAAAACACUAGACUCUGUAUAUCUGUUUCCGGAGGACACAUCAAUUCAUGGAGAGACUCCUUUACUGUGGCCUCUUUGGCUUCGGGCUGCUGUUCCUGGAAAGAUAUCCUUGUACAUAACAAUAUAUUAUGAGAUGGGAGAUAUAUUGACUGUCAUGAGAUAUCGCACUCUACGAAUGCAUUACAAUUUAGAGGUAUUACCGUCGUUAGAUGUUUCAUUCCAAAUCAGCUCUUGUCCUUCAAGAUUACAAGAGUUCCUUGUACGGAUGGAUGUUGUCAACAGGACCAAAUCUGGGAAUUUCCAGGCUCAUCAAUUGUCAACCGUUGGGAAGGAAUGGGAGAUCUCGUUGCUUCAACCUAUUGAUACCAUUUUUCCUUCAGAGUUUAUAAUGGCUGGCCAAGCACUUUCAUGUUUUUUUAAGCUCAAGAGUGGCAGAAAAUCUUUAACUGCUGAAGAUAAGGUCUCUUCUAUUGCCCUUUUAGAGGGAACUGAUGUGAGAUUGGGUCCUGGCAGUGGCGAGUUACUGUUUGAUAUAUAUAGCUCACCUUUGGCGGAUUUUCACCAUUAUGAAAAAGCGCACCAGCGGAUGUCAGAUCAGGAUUGUCCAAAUACAGUUGACUUCAUAUUGAUCACUCGGCCGCAGAGGAGUGAUAGCGAUCCUGGACUAUCCGCCUCUGUUACUCUUUUUUCUCAUCAUGCGUGUCAUUGCAGCAUUGCAAAUGCAAGCCCGAUAUGGUGGCUGAUGGAUGGCCCUCGGACUAUACACCAUAACUUCGCUGCUUCUUUAUGCGAAAUAAAACUAAGGAUGACAGUCCACAACUCCUCAGACACCCUUGUAUCAAUACGCAUUAGCACCCAUGAUUCCGCGCCCGGUGGUAGCCCACUAAGUGAUGCAACUUCUAUACCUUCUGUGAACCAAGCAGGGUGGUAUGACAUACCUGUGCUGAACGACAUUAAAGUCACAACUGAUAUCAUCGGGAGCCGAGUUGGGAAAUCAAUAUCAGCAGAGUAUGUUUCCCCUUUCAUUUGGUCAGGUUCAAGUUCUACCCGAUUCAAACUUGAGCCAGUAUCCACAAUUGAAAUCCCUCUCCAGAUAAGUGUAUUUUCUCCAGGAACAUAUGAUUUGUCAAACUACUGUUUGCACUGGAAUAUUCAAUUUCCUGACGAAGGAAAUCGUGCAGCUGGAAUGAGAGUGUUUUCAGGAACUUGCACGGGUCACCCAUAUUACCUAACUGUGCUGCAAUCUGCUUGAGCUUUGUCGCUGUCUAUAUUUUGGCUCUCUCCGGUUUGGGAUGGGGAAAUCUUGUGUGUACUAAUUUUUUGUAUCUUCUGCUUGUAAAUUAGGGUGUUUUUAUACAACAGUAGGAAGUACAUGAAAGCAGGGUGAAAGUUGGAGACAAAUUUGGAUCAUUUUUUUUUUUUCUUAAUAAUAAUGGCAAUAAAGAUAAAGGUGAAUCAAUCGUAUUGUCAGUGUACUAUGUUUCGGCCAAUCCAAUUUGUAACGGAUUUGAGUUGUUUUUGUUGAUUCAACUUUUGAUGACAA